AGGUUUAAACAUUCUGAAAAUCUUGUCAAAAAACCAUCUCAGAUUUCAUGGAGUUUAAGGUUUAUUCUCUGCUUCUGAUAUUUCUUCUUCUGCCAAACUCAGUUCUUGGCUCAAAUAAGUGCAACUUUCCAGCCAUUUUCAACUUUGGCGACUCAAAUUCAGACACCGGUGGCUUCUCAGCCGCAUUCCGUCAAGCUCCUCCUCCCUAUGGAGAAACAUUCUUCCAUGCUCCUGCUGGCCGUUGGAGCGACGGCCGUCUCAUCAUAGAUUUCAUAGCUGAGAGUUUGGGAUUGCCUUAUCUCAGUGCUUUUCUUAAUUCUGUGGGCUCAAACUUCAGCCAUGGGGCCAACUUUGCAACUUAUGCAUCAACCAUUAGGCCUCAGAACUUGUCCCUUUCCACGGGAGGCUACAGCCCGAUCUCCCUCGACGUGCAGCAAGUCGAGUUCUCUGGUUUCAUGACAAGAUCACAAGCUGUUAGAGAAAAAGGGCUGUUCCUCGACUCUCUCCCGGAAAAGGACUACUUCUCCCGGGCAUUGUACACGUUCGACAUAGGCCAAAACGACCUCACUGCCGGCUUGGAUCUCAACUUGACCUUGGAAGAAAUCAAGGCACAAGUUCCUGAUAUGAUAGGACAGUACUCCUCUGUGAUUAAGGAAAUAUACAUGCUAGGAGGGAGAUCAUUCUGGAUACACAACACAGCACCAUUAGGCUGUUUUGCAUAUGUUCUUGAUGCUCUAGCUGCCACUACACCAGAGGUUGACAAAUAUGGCUGCUUGAUCCCGUACAACGAGGUUUCACAGUUUUUCAACGUGAAACUAUACGAAGCCGUGGUGGUUCUGAGGGAGGAAAUCCCUCUGGCUGCAAUCACAUAUGUUGACAUGUACUCAGCCAAGUAUGCUAUCAUCAGUCAGGCAAAGGAACUAGGAUUUGAGGAUCCAUUCCGAGCAUGCUGUGGGUACGGAGGGGAUUACAACUACAGCCGGUAUGCUAGGUGUGGGAGCAAGGCAGUUGUGAAUGGGACAGAGGUGGUGGUGGCUAAGUCGUGCAAGGAUCCGUCUGCUUGGAUCAGUUGGGAUGGACUCCACUUCACCGAGGCGGCUAGCAAGUGGAUCUUUGAUCAGAUUGCGGAUGGCUCGUUUUCAGACCCUCCGGUUUCACUUGAAUCUGGGUGCAGCAGAAGCAACUAAAGAUGACAUUAGGCCUUCCUAUUUUGAUCCAUUUUAUGUAUUUAGAGUUGUUUCUUUGCUGCAAAUGGUUGGAAUUCAGUUAGGCCUUUUGCUGCUGGUACA